AUGGAUAUGUGUCCUAACAAAUAUAUACUUUUUCUGAGUUGUUUUAUAAUAUGGACUGUUAAUGGCAGCGAGGAAAACGUCACAAUAAGGCAACCAGCAGAUCAUAGAAUUCGCCCUGCUCGAAGAGGACAUCAAAGAGGAAUCCCAAACAACAAACAAAAUGCAUCAGAGGAGAAUUCCACACCAACAGAAUCUGCCAGUGAUGAAUUAUUAGGACAGGCAAUAGGCUUGCUCCAACGACUCAAUGACCGUCUUACAGCUCUACAAGCUCUUGAUGAACAGCAAAUCAGGCGACUUGAAACUUUGGAAUACCGGUUCACAAAACUAGAAGUACAACAGCAAGAAAAAGUAGAAAGUCUAAGAACUGAAUUACGAGAAGUAGCUCGCAGAGUCCAACAACAAGACUGGCAAACCAAUAAAAUAGAUACUCUAUUAGAAUCAGUAAAACUAGACAUUGCUGGUCUAACUCAGGGCCAAGAACAUUUACGAGGGUUGCUGUCUGUACCAGAAACAAGAUAUCCUACACUUGUUGAAAAUGACAUUAAGAACAAACUACAAACUCUCAUUGCCAUAAAUGUAGGAAUAAAAGGUAUAACUACAGCACUGUUUGACACACUAACUCACAUUGGUGUCAAUAUUACACACCUCAAUAAUAUGACAAGAUUGAUGGUUGAAUCAAACAAUAAGCUUGUAACAAAACAGCAUCUGAAAAACCUUUUUCUUGACUUCCACAAAUCACCACCUAUGAACAGCUUAACAAAUCAUUUAUCAAAUUCGAAGGAACAGCUCCCAUGGGAUUGCAGCAAAGUAAAAGAAAAUGGAUUUAUUCAAUCAGGUGUCUACAGAAUUCAACCUCCAAAAGCAACACAGCCUUUUUAUGUCUAUUGUGAUAUGGAAACCAAAGGAGGAGGAUGGACAGUUAUUCAAAAUCGAUAUGAAGGAACGAUUGAUUUCAAUAGAGGAUGGGAAGACUAUAAAUUCGGAUUUGGAAAUUUAGGAGGAGAAUUCUGGAUUGGACUAGAAAAAAUUUAUCUUCUAACAAAUUACAAGGUUAACGAGUUGAACAUAGAACUCACUGAUUUUGCUUUUACAAAGACCUAUGCUCACUACAAAGCUUUUGCAAUUGGUGAUGAGAUAGAAGGUUAUCCGAUGAGAAUUCUUGGUGGAUACGAUGGAGAUGCAGGCGAUUCGCUUAUAUAUCAUGCUGGGAUGAAGUUCUCCACUUAUGAUAUGGAUAAUGAUGGUUGGAAUGAUGGAAACUGUGCAGAAUCUCACACAGGAGCAUGGUGGUACAAUGGUUGUGAUACAAGCAAUUUAAAUGGGCGCUAUCUAGGAGGAGAAUUAGUAGGAGAUUAUGAAUACCAAGGCAUUUAUUGGUAUGACUGGCGUGGUCCAAUGUAUUCCCUUAUGAAAACACGAAUGGCAAUUCGACCUACUACAGAGGCCCAUGCUCCCCUUAACGACAUUAAAGGAGACAAAAAGCCCAGUGGACAAGAUAAGCAACGUAACAAGACAACACCAAGUCCACCACAUGAAAGCAGAGAAGAGACGACAAUUUCAAACCAACCAUCACAGCAUAUUAUUUCUGAUGACAGUGAUAACUUGGAGUAUUGA